ACAGAGCGCGGAGGAGGAUUCCUUUUCGUUGUUGUCGUCGUCGUUUUAGUAAAAGAAUUUCAUGGUUUGUCGUGUGUCUGAGAAUCUCAGUUCGCAGAUACACUGUCCUGCGUUCACUACUCAAUCGGUCGUCAGCAAUUCGUCGGUUUUGUUGUGUAGGCUACAUAUAGAUUGUGAGUGAGUGUUUAUAAUAAUUGUCUCUCGAUUUUUCGUAUAUACCCCGACCCAAAUCCCAAUUGGAUUAUUAUCGUUUGGUCGUGUAUUUUCGUUGAUUUUUAUUUUGUUCGGUUGCAUUGCAAUUGCAUUGCACUUGCACAAUCAGUGUGUUAUCUUAAGGUGCAAUCAAUACCCACAUUCAAAAGUGAUUUUUAAAAAGCCCGCUCAAUCUGAUCGUCUAUAUAGUGAAUAUUCAAACCAUAUUGUUAACCCAAGUUAAAACGAUCGCUAUUUUGAUGUUCAUUUAGUGCUUGAGAUAAAAAGAUCCUUACAAAUUUUGAAAUCGUGCUUUUAACCAAAAAAGCGAUUGUUUGUGUUUAGUGCCAAAGAUAGAUUGAUCCUUAGAAUCUAACAUAAUUAAGUCUGUUGAAAAUUGUAUUGAAAUGAGAUAAGUUGAGUGUAGAUAAGGACCUUUGGUCAAUUAUCUUAAUAACCAGUUUCAAAUUAAUAUAACCAAAAAAAAAAAAAAGAAACGAUUAGUAAAGUUUCCCAAGGCUUCCUUUUUUUCGGGUGAAGUUUUUUUUUUUUGUUAUCUUUUACCACAGUCUCUAAUACCUACUCCUUUUUCUUGGAUGGUUUGUCUCGUGGUAUCCCCCCAAUUCUUGUGUACGCGUUGUGUGAUGGUUAUUUGUGUUUGGUAAAUUAAAGAAAAUUAAGGAUUCAGAUAAAAUGUAACAAAAAAAAAAAAGCGAAAAUCAAACAAAAUACAGAAAAAAAGGAUAUAUAUUUACAACGCAAAGAAAACUGCUCCUGUAUCAUAACUCUCACCAGGAAGGAUAUAUAUUAUAUUUUACUUCAUCGUCGCGCAUGAAAUAUGCUUAGAUGAUAUACAUACUUCAAAAUAAUGUUAAUAAAAGUGAGAAACAAAGAGCAACAAUUACAAUAGAUUCCAUUUAUAUAAAUGUAUCUUAACAAAAUAAAAACUACGAGUGAGAAUGUUCGACUGUGAUCCAUAGUUAAAGGACCAACGCACACAAAGUGCUUAUUGAAAUAAAUAUCCGGAUUCCUUGUGCUAUACUAUUAUACACAAACACGCCAGCCAACAAAAAGUCAUAAUAAAAUGACAGGAUUCUAUGAAGAAACAACACCUACAACGCCCCGAAGGAGUCGUAUUUCAAUCACACAAUGGUCCAUAAUUUGGUUACUUUUAACUUGCCUCUUGAGUCCUGUACUGCCGGAGGUCAUUUACCGAGUGGAUCCAUUAGCAUUGUUGGCGGCAACAUUACGAACCUAUCAGCGGGCUGGUUGUGAUUCAGAACAAUUAUCAUUGAGUUGUCCGAGAGGUACUAGCAUAUCAAUUGAGCUGGCUCAGUAUGGCCGUGCUGGAGAUUUGAGUGACCAUAGUUUAUGUCCACCCAUUUCACAGGAGGACACUACAACUCGGUCUGAUGGAGUUGUCCAUAGUGGAACAGAAAUUGAAGUGAAACCAGCAGAAGCAUGUACUGUGAGUGGAUUACAGUACAUCCUCCUGCAGACAGUGGUCGAUGCGUGCCAUAAAAAACGACACUGCAAGUUUGCUGCUUCCGCCAAAUCACUUCCUGGCGAUCCAUGUUCUGGUAUUAGAAAGUUUGUAGAAAUUGCUUACAAAUGUCGACCGUAUGAGUUCCGCAGCAAAAUGGCAUGCGAGAAUGACAACAUGCCAUUGGUGUGUAAUCCUUAUUCCCGGAUAGCGAUAUAUAGUGCGAGUUUCGGACGUACAGAACGCGAAAGUGUCCAGUGCAGCAAUGGAUCUGAUCACCCCGUCGAGGACGCCAGCAGCAAACAGACCUGUCUGGUGUCGUACGCAACCGAGACAGUGAUGCAGAUCUGCCACGGCCGGAGACGAUGUUCAAUCACAGCCGAUGCCGGAACAUUCGGUCGACCGUGUAAAGGCGAGGCCAAAAUGUAUUUGAAAGUUGUGUACACCUGCAUUCCACGAAAAGUCCUCAAGGAUAGAUACGAAACAGAACCGGAAUCUGAUGAGCCACAACAGACAGAACUUGAUUUGGACCAGGACGAACUGUACGACGAGGACCAAUUCUAUAAGGAGUCUGAAGCCAUACCACCAGCACCAAAGUUACAAGGAGCGAUACCCAAUCCGGCGUUUCCAUUCGAUUUUUCGGGUGACAUGAUACCAACUAGUACAUUGAUGCCACCCUUGUUGUCUAGGAAUGAUAAUAGUUUGGAAGAAAAUCAAGAGCAAUUUUACCUCUACCUCAUAAUUUCGGUUGCAGCUGGUGUAUUGUUAUGUUUAACUCUAGUCAUAGGACGAUUGGCAAUGCAAAAACGACGUCAUAGUAGAAAAAAUAGCAAUUCCAGUGGCAGCAACAGUGGCAAAAACUGUGACGGGAAAUUCCAACAAUCAACAACCGGAGAAACGCAAAUUCCUAACUCGUUUGGUGAUGACAUCUCUGACAUCGAUGGUGAUAUCGAUCUGACAAGUGCCUUGCCAGUACCGAACUUAUCAUCCCGAAGCGAGACCUAUAUAGCAUAUGCUCCGACAGGAUAUGGUGGUGGUAUGCCUCCACCACCAACAUCAAGUGCAACCACUAUGCUCAUGCCACAAAGUCAUCAUAGUGGGAUGCUAGGCGGAGGUGGACCAAGUGGACCAGUGGGUAACAGACAAUCUACGCCACCACCAAACAUGUACAGUGGGUUAGUGUCAGGCCCGCCACCAGUAAGCGGCUCAAUGUCCAUGGGACCACAUAUGAUGCCUUCGGCAAUAAGUUCUGUAUCACAUCACACAUCGGCGGGGCAAACCUACAUUCCUGGCUCGAUGCUCAUGUCUGGCCCCCAUGCACAUGGCACCCUAAGACGCACCAUGAUACCCACCAGCAUGGGUAUGAUGAGCACACCAUCACCACCACCCGGAAUGGGAGGCGGAAAUAUCUAUUAUGAUAGCACCAUUCCUCGGAAUCUCAAUCGCGGCAUGUCUGCCGAUAACCAAUAUUUCUAUGGAUGAC